CACUCGGCAACACCAUAACAUCAUGCAUCCCACGAACCAGAAAUGGUGGCACAACAAGAAAGUGUCAUUCGGGCAUGGAAUCACAAAGGGGGAUUGGGCUGAGGUGCGAGGACUCGGAGAAUGUCCACAUGUUGGAUUCUCUACCUAGCGUCGCAACGGAACACCAAGAACAAGGUGCCCUCAUGUUGGGUAUGUCACAGUGCUCUGAUGCUUCGAACAAUCAGAGACAAUAUUGAGCUGCAGUAGUGAAAAGACGUUAUCGCAUGUUCAUGCGGUCCGUGUCGAGAGCAAGUCGAGAGAGUGAUCGAGCUAGGACAGCUGGCCUGGACAACGAGCAUGUGGAACAUGGCGUUCACAAAAGAGAACGAGUGGGAAUGGGAUCUCAAGAGACAUUUUCCGUAGUGGAAAUGACCAUAUCAGCUCACAUACAUGAGGCCUUGAGGUCUCAGUUAGACUAUACGAGAUAUGAAUUGUGGGCGAACGGGUUAUACACGGAAGCAAGCACAGCAUUAAUAUUCUUGCACAUCUUGUUAGUGAUAAAAGUUCGACAAAGCCCUCCCUACCGACGUCAAGGAUAUACUCUGGUUUGGGAUGGAUUGAGUCCACUCUGGAGUCGGAAGAAUGCAACCUAUCCUCAAAGUGUCGGGCUGUGGACAUAUAUAUCGCGCCACUAUAUGGUGCUUCAUUUCAUAAUGAUAUCAAGGGAUGCCGCAGCUGGCUCUGGAUUCGGGAGCGGACUGCGAAUAGUACACAGCGCACGAGUUGAUGUUGGGGCGUUCCAGUUCGCCGCGUUACACCGUGUUCUACGAGGCUGAGCGUUAACGUUGAGCAAGGGGUCGGGGACUUGACA